AUGGGGCAGAGCCAAUCCUGCAUGAAGCAGGAUGCCGUCCAAGAGGUUGUGAAUCGAGCACCUGAUGGAUCGACCGGUACUGGCGAUAGCGCAAGCAAUCCAACUCUGAAUAAUUCAAAUCUCCCACGCCUGGACAAUCCUCAUUUGGCCAAGGAACCUGUCAUUACCCAAGUCCAUCGUCGUCACAAGGGAGCUCGUCUUCCCAAACAACGUGAACUCAUGGUGGCGGGCUUGCAAGUUCGACAGCAACAAGGAGAAUCCAUUGCCUAUUUAUUGAAUUCACUGCCCUAUGGAAGUAUCAUUCAAGUGGAAUCCAAUACUCAUUUGCUCAUUGCGCAGCCUGUGCGUCGAUUGCAAUUGGCGAUUUAUCAAAAUCAUUUGGGCAAUGUCCAAAUUGCUACUGUCACGUCCCAAGAAGGGAUUGUCCCUCCUCGUUUUGCCCAGGGACAAAUUUUGGUUACCGUCAAUGGAAAAUCCAUCAAGACGGUAGAUCAAGCGGUGGAAGCAUUGAGUGUCCCGGAAAAAUUGCUCGUGGUCAUGGCCGAAGCACCCCUGGACAAGAAGGAUCGACAGCAAAUGAAAGGAACGAGUCGUGUAGUGGACAGUGUCUUGACCAAACAAGACAUUCGUCGCAGCAACAGUAGUCUCUUGGAUUCUUCUUCUCAUCGUCCAGAGGAAGAAAAAUCUCGUGAGGAUCGCCACCGACAUCAUCGAAGAAGACGAAAACACGAACGACGAGGAAGUGGCAGCAGUCAUGGCAGCCAUGGAUCGAACAGAAGCCGGGGAAGUCAUGGCAGCUCCAAAAGCCGUAGUUCUUCCCGCAGAUCCUCCUCCAAACCGUCGUCGACGACCCCUCUACGCAACAAGGACAAGGUCAUUCCCACUAUUUCCGAUCAACAACAACGACAACAUAUUCGCCGCAAUAGCUCGAAUAGCAGCAUGAGCAGUAGUACGAACGUCGAAUCUCGUGGCGGAGGCGACAACAAGAUUUGGGUCGCCAAGGAUAGCAACGGAAGCAACAGUACUCAUCCCAGUACAGUCGACAGUAAUGGUAAUGGUAAUGGUAAUGGUGACUAUGAUGACAAUAAAAAGAAGGCAUCAUCAUCAUCAUCAUCACGUAUCGUGCUGAAUUCCACCAUGGAUACAUCCAAUACCACUGUGGUUUCCUACGAUGACAGUCAAUUGAACGAUUCCUUCUUGGUGCUUUCCCCUACCAGUUCGGUUGCCAGUCCAACUAAUGAUCAAGCGGUACACGUUGUGACUCCAAAUAAAUCAGUCCAAAAUAUCUCCAAGAUUGCCAGUUACGAUGAGGAAGAACAUGGCCAUCCAUUGGUGUUUCAAACUACCAGUUCGGAAAGUGAGCAUGACGAUGGACAUGCUGGUGCUGGUGCUGCUGCCAAACCAGCUGAUGCAACUGGUGAGGACGAGGAUGGUUCCAAAUUACUGUCCAUCUUGGCGAGGCUCGACAAAUUCUUGGACGAAACCAUGAUGGAAUUGGCCUUUGUCAUGAUUGAAAUGGAAGACCUUCAACACAAACACAACAAACCAAUUGGUGAUGUGCCUGCUGGUGACGCUGCUGCUAGUCCUACUGCUAGUCCUACUGCUAGUACUGUUUCUUAUCCAUCCAUGACGGCGGAGCAAUUGGAAGCUUUGGAAAAGGAUUUGAGACUCAAGAUGUUUGACAUUUUGGAAGCUCGUCAACGGGCACUGGAUGUUGACCACAAGAAGUUCAAUUCCAAGCCUGUGGCACAGCCCCCCUUGGCAUUGCCCACCAUUGAAGAACAACCCAAAUUGACAGCAGCUUCCUAUCUCGACCAACAAGUCAAGGAACCCCCCUCACCACCGCCCAAACUUUCCUUGCCGCCGUCUGCGUCCACAAAAAAGUUGGUAGUGUUGGAGCAACAAUUGCUCGAAAUGCAAAAUGCCAACAAGGCUCUCAAACAGGAACUGGCGCACAAGGAUGUUCAAUUGAAUGAAUUCCAAGAGUUGGACAAGCAAGUCCAACAAAACAAGGAAGUUUCGACAAGGAUUCAAUAG